GUGCAGCGCUCACAGAGAAGCUGAGACAACCAGACACAAACACACGCACACUUUCGCUUUUUCACUGCCAUGCACUUCUUUCCUUUCGCCUGUAAGCACACAUGCACUUUACAUGCCUGACAUCCAUGCAGUUACACACACAAACAACUGCAAGGAAUCACUCUAAAGUAGACAGGGGAGCAUUUAUUUUCUCUACUUCUCAAGAUCACAACUGUUUGGUAAGUGAAGACUCCUCUGCCUCCUGGACAGCAGUAAUAGGACACUUGAAGCAGAAGAAAGCAACUAAGGUCACAGGAAGAGGAAUCAAAAAGGACAACCAUAACUAAGGGAGCAGAAAAAGGCUGACAAGCAAACAGGUUGGAGAGAAGAUCAACAGAGGAAGACCCACUGCAGUGCAUGAGAAUGUCUUUCCUUUCUGGCUCACCCUGGCAGCAGCCUGGCAUUAUUAAUGGAAACAGUGGGUAUGGACAACCUUCCAGCGGGUAUCAGCAGCAGCAGCAGCAUCAACAACAGCAGCACAAACCUCCCGGUACUCUCUCCAGUGCCAGCAUCCCUGCCGUGAUGGCCUCUUCUCCAUUGUCACCGUCCAGUCCAGCUGCUCCCCGCCACGGUGACUGGCAUUGCCAAGGCCAGAUGGCACCAGGAGGAGCCACUGCCACAGCACAGACAGGAUCCAGAAUAACUUUGAUGGAAGAUGAGGGGAAAUUAGGCCGAGGCAGCACUGAGGGGAAUUCAUCGGGGAUGAUGGCAUCAGGAACCCCGAGCUUCACCACACCGUUGUUGAACAUAGAGGAUGACUGGUCUAGACCAGAAAGGCCAAAGGAAGAUGGACUUAAGGUGGGAGUGGUUGGGGGUGUAUUAGGGAGCGCAGGACAGAGCCCCAACAGCCCCCUGUCGUCACACUCCUCCCCAACUUCAACAUCACCUUCCCCUUCUCUCUCACCAGGGAGAGUCUUUUCGAAUUCUGUCCUUGAUCCUAAGCCAUUUGGACAGAGCGAUCUCCAGCAAAAUAUGGACGGAUUUUACCUUCAGGGAUCACAAAAAGCUGUCCAAGGACACAUCUUCUCACCGGUCUCAGAACAUCAGGAAAAAAUACCAUUAAAUCCAUCCAUCACCAGAGAUACAGUUUCACAUGAAGUAAAGAAAGAGGAUGAGAGGAUAACAACUGGAAGCUUGUUGAAAACUCUGAAGGAAGAUUCUAAUGCAAGUAAGCCUGGAAAUCAAAUACUCAAGCCAUACUUAGGAAAGUCAGGUAUAGAGAUACCUGCUCCUUCUGUGUCUGAGCUAACAGGUAGCAAAGCUAGCACCGCGUUGCCCACAGGACAUGCACCUGCAUCUCUGUCUCCACCCAACAGAGCUGCUGGUAAUGCAGGGCUGAGUGUUGUAGGAGGGUACAGGUCAGACAGAGAAAACUUAAGCCGUACUCAAACGGGAGCAGCAACAUGUGUUCCACCAAAAAGCAAUGUAUCCGAGAAAAGAGUUGUAAGUCCUGGUCCGGAACGGGCUUUAAAUCACCAUGAGGAUACAACAAACAGAGACACCAAAACAACGAGAGGUAAUGACAUCCCUCAGCGAACUGCAGUGAGACGUGCAAUGUCUGACUGUUCACAUCUAUCUGUUCCCAUGGUAAUGGCCGGGGCAUACCCUACUGGCAUGGCCAUCACACAAGUGAUGGCACCCAGCACGCCAGAUUUCAUCCCAAUGGGAACACCCUGCCAUCCCAGACCCUCUUACCCUCAUGUAGCUGUCCGUCGAUCUCUCACGGUUACAGACGGUUCUGAAGGCUCUGCUUCAACGGCAACAAUGAUCUCAACUCCUUUAAUGAUGUCACCUGUGGUGCCAUCUUCUCCUCCCCCUAAGAGACAUCAUGGGAGCUGUGAAACCAAUGUUCUUCUUCCUGUUCCAACUCCUGUAGGAACACUGGCUAGAGGUACCCAGGACACUAUGACAAUAACCACCGUGAAAUCUGACAACAAGGAGAAGCAGGAGAAGAUGGACAUCAUCUCCAGCAAGACGGACAGGAUCAACAACUUGGACAAGAAGGAAAACAACACUGACAAGAACCAGAAGCCAGAGAUGAUCCUCAAAAGUGAGGAAAAGAUGGAGAAGCUGAACGACAAGGCUAGCGAGAAGCCGGAGAAGGUGGACAAGCCGGAGAAGACCAACAAGGAUGAAAAGAAGGAGGAGGAUAAGAAGCUGGCUGAGAAGAAGGAAGAGAAGGGAGGAAAAGGCCCAGCCAAGUCUCCCACAGGCAACGGCAGCAAAACCGUGCCAAGCGCCGACAGCAAGAGCAAGCCUGAUGUGGGUCCAACCAAACAAAACUCAGCCAAAUCGCGUCCAUCCACCCUUUCCACCAAUGAUGUGGCCAACUCUGCCAAACGCCCGUCCCCCACUGCAGCCAAUAAAAAAAGCCCUGUGCCCAAGGCGACCACACCCACCACUGCAAAACGUCAGCCAAUCACAGGCUCGACCAAGGCUGCCAAGACUCCAGAAAAUGGCGGCGCAGAGAAACGCCCACCCGUACCGAAGGCCACGCCCACUCCUCGGCAGGCCCCCAGUAAGAACGGCACCUCUGCAGCAGCUGCGAAUAAAACCACAGCUAGCAAAAGUGACAAGAAUGAGAACAAGACGGGGGAGGCCAAGAAACCCAAAACUACAACGCGUCCUCGCCCCGCAUCCACAGCCACUCCGGCUACCCCAUCUGCCUCCACCAACGGUGAAGGUGCCGCCACCCAUCGCCGCCGCGUCAUCACGAAACCCCCGGUGCCCAAGCAGACCCCUCUAGAGAAGAAACCAGCGGCGCCUCGCCCUCCCCGAACCCCCCGACCCAUCAAUGCUCCGACGCCAGAUCUGAAGAAUGUGCGCUCCAAGAUUGGAUCCAUCGACAACAUCAAGUACCAGCCGGGAGGCGGGAAGGUCUCCUCCACCCCGAACAACAAGACAUCUGACCCCGCCACCCCCGCCGCCAAGGCCAGAGUUCAGAUAGUGCACAAAAAGCUGGACUUCAGCCACGUCACCUCCCGCUGUGGCUCCAAGGACAAUAUCAAACAUGUCCCUGGAGGUGGCAAUGUGCAAAUCUUGAAUAAGAAGGUUGACCUGAGCAAGGUGACCUCAAAAUGUGGCUCCAAGGACAACAUCAAACAUAAGCCAGGCGGUGGUGACGUGAAGAUCGAAUCCCACAAGGUCAACAUCAAGGCCAAGUCUAAGAUCGGAUCCCUGGACAACGUGGGACCAGGCAGCGAGCAGACAAAUGGACACAAGGAGGAAAAAACAGGAGAGAAGACAUCUUCCCCCGCAAGUGGCGCUCCACAACAAACAACUGCACCGGCAGGCGCUGCUAAGGAGAACGGCAUGAAGGAGCCCACACCUUCUCCUUUCGGAGGGGACGGUCUAAAGGAGCCCCUUAGCAUAGACAAACGCAUCGCUGAGAAAAACUGAGUCCCUGUGAGCUCCAGAUAGUGGUGGGACAUGCAUGACGCUCACUGACCUGCCAAUCAACUGACCAACAAAAUUACCACGGCACAGUCACUUCCCUCUGGCCCGGCCCUUCACCUCACCCACUGCAGCAUCGAAUCAACCGACUGCCUCUCAGUCUUUCUCUGAGGUCCGCCUGCCAGUGUCCUCCUACCGACCCUGAUCUUUGACCUCUAAAAGCACCCGAGCUGACAUUUUUCCCCGUAACCUACAAAGAAGACCACUUGUUGUUUGUCUACACAGCUCUUUGUGGGGUUCCACCAGCUUAAUAUCUUGUAACCACAGAUAUAGUUAAGUUUUACCCCUGUUCACAAAAUCUAACAACCCAGACACAGAAAAUACCCUUAAGCAGAGUCACCUACUUCAAAUAUUGUUCAACCUAUGAGUCUCAGUGCUGACUUUUCUCGGAUCUCCUUGAAAAGCCCUCACCUUCCAAAACUCCACUGAUGUUCUAACCGUGUCAGUAGAACUGUACUUCACUUCCAGUUCAGUCCUUCAGAUGUCACUACGUCUCAUCUAGUCAUUCUUAUUGGUAUUCAACAGCUCACACUAUUUAACCACACUCAUUAUCAUAUGGUUAAUAUGGUUUAUUCAGUGAAAAAAAUAACUGCAGUAAUGUUUUUAACUCCGUAUUAAAAUUUUCCUGAUAGACUUGGUAGAAGUGGUUGCAGAGUACACCAUGGAGUUUUAAUCAACUUAGAAGUGUUCAAAAUAAAGUUCAAAAUAAAGUUCAAUAGCUUAUCUAGUGUAUUUUUGUCAGACGUAGGCGGCACAUUAGGAUGAAAGAAGCACCAAGAAACCAGCUUAUGACCAGAAUCAACCUGUUUUUCAUUUUGAUUGUCCACUAUAAGUCGGAAAUUUAAAAAAUGGAUCUUUUUCGCGAACAUACCAUAUUUAACAACUUUCUUCAGUGUCAAUCUUUUUACUAAGAGAAGAAAACUUAAAGUUAGCUAUUUUCACUAGAGAUAUGUUUAAAACUGUAGUCAGAGGGAUGUGGGAAGCUCUUUAAAGGGAAUCUAUAUUUUCUAUGACAUGCCAAGAUGUGUCUGCGUGUUAUUCAGGUUGCGAGAGAGUGAUACUUUUCAAGCAGAUAACAGUAAGGCCGAACAUAUGUAUUCAUAGUUGCCGUGUUUUAUUCUUUCAAGCUUUCAAACUCGCUCUUUCAGUUAGACAUUAGAAAAUGUGAUUACCUCAAAGUAAUGUUGAAAGAGGAAGGAUGGAGAAUGUUUGAAGCUUCUCUGAGUGGUCUUGGCUUUAAAUUGAUUAUACUGUUGUAAGUUAGGGUUGUAACAGGAAGACCUAGUCCCUUUGAUUGUUACUUUAGGUUGCUUCCUUUUAAAUCAACAAACAUAAAGGAAUUGGUAUACUGUGUACUUCCUUUAACAGUAAUUGCAGACAGUAUCUAUCGUCUGGUUAUGGAAAAUGACCUGGCAGAAUUGAUGUUAUGAUCUAGAAAACAAAGACCAGAAGCUUUUCCAGUGGCUGUCACAAGCAUGUGUUAACCGCAAAUACGCAAUAUUUAGAAUAAUUCUUGUGCCAAGUUGUACACAAAGAUGAGUACUGAACAGUCUGGAUAUAAUGCUUAUGAAGAUGCAGCAAUCUUUAGUUAACAGUCGUUGUUUUUUUUUUACCGUAUUAAGCAUUUAAUAGAGGUUGGUCUAGUUCGGUACAUUUGAAAAGGCAAAAAGAAAAACAGAUCUCCCACGCCAGACUCAUUUAAGCACUUCCAGACAUUCAGACAUACAGUAUAUAUUACUCUGUUCAACACAUCUUUCUGCCUUUCUACUCAUGACGCUAACCUUUUUAUAGUCCACCACACUUUCCUGCACUCCUGUGAGACAGCUGCUACUCUGAGACUUGUCUGGUCUACAAUCAUUAGAGAAAAGCAGGCAUACGGUCCCUUUUUUUCCUUAUGAAUCUGUUGCCCCUCCUGGUUAUGUGCAUCACCAGAUUUGAGGGUUGAAAGCCCUCGCUGUAGGCAAUGAACCACUAACACACUCGCAUAUAUAUCUAUAGGAUAAGUUCGCACACACAUACACAUCGGUGUGCCUGAGCACCGAACAGUCACACACUAAAAGCCACCACUUUGUGGUUGGGUAGUUCACACUAACAUACUAAUAUUGUUGCAACAAUGGUUUGUUUCAUUGUCAUUGUUGCAUAUUUUCCACACUGGCUUCCCAUGUUGCAGCGUCUCUGUAUCUCUUUCCUCUUCCUGUGUCUUUCUCCAGCUUUCUGACAGCAAUACAGUAACAUUAUAAAUGAAGGCUUCUUGUCACCUGUGCAUUUACGUGACACAAAGACAGAAAGAGGACAGAGAACUGCUGAAGUGAACAGAAGUUCAGAGUUAGGAGACAGUUAAUCUAUAGGAAGAGCUACCUAAUAACUAAUAACAUAGCAUUCAUGUUUAAAACUUUAUGGUCAUUUAGGGGUUUUCCUGUACACAAUAAAAUCCCACCGCUUACAGUGAGACUCAGAGGAGCAGAUCGUUAGGUUUCAAGUUUUCUGCUGCUCUUCUUAGGACAUAUUUUACCCUGACAUUUGUAUUGUAAAUAGAUGACAAAAAAAAGUUUUUUGUUACAUUUUUUUUUUUUGUGCAGCAUGUUUGAUUUACGUUGGAUGCCGUUUAAAUAUACAGAAUGUUCUUAAAUCAUACAACGCUGGACAGCAGGAACUGCCCAGCUCUAAAAUGCAGCAGUAUUUUAGUUAAGCAGAUCCCAGAACAGCUCGUAUAUUUGAAGUUUUCUUUCUAAAAUACUUCUCAUUUUAAAACUAGGAGAAGCUAAAAGCAGUUUUGUUCACAUCGCCACAUUUAUUAUACACAUACAUUGAUGCUUUUUGGAGCAGCUGGCUGGGUUGUUUUAAACAUAUUCCCUUAAAGUAAAUUGCUGUACAUUAUUUCUAGUGCAGGCUCCCCUCGACACUGUGAUGUGGCUUUGAUUUAGGCCAAAACAUUUCCAAAAUGUGCUACGCGUCACAAAUCAAACAUGAGUAGGCUGUGUCCUUCCUGCUCACAGUGAUUUCAAGGUUGGGAUGGUCUCUGGUGAAUACACUGAGGGAUUUGCGACAUCUCUGUGGCGUACUGUAGUUGUCAGAUGUGUGAAGUGUUACUACUGCAUUCAUCCUGUAGAGAGCGCUGCUUAGCCUCUUGAACACUGAUAGUCUGGCUCUGUGACUUUACAAAAAAAGCUAACUGACAAACAUCCCCCACCAGAUUCCCCUAUACUGUACUUAUUUAAGCUAGCGCUCUGUUAUUGUGUCUGGAACACUAAAUAUUAUCAGCACCACAUGGCUCGUGUAAAGGUUCCUUACAGGGAAAAAAAAAAGGUUUUGUGCACUUUGAACACAGUCUUGUUCAUUUCUUGAUGCACUCAAGUGAUAUAACUGUACUCAAGUUGCUUUACUGUAUAUUGGUAAAAUCUUGUCAGCUGUGUACUGUACGUCUGUGCUUCUGGGAACAAAACCGUCUUGGUAGUUUAGUGAAACUUACGGUGAUCAAAGAGCAAGUGAUCAAAUAGUCAACAGUUAAGUCUAGAAAACUUACGAACAACAUAUAGGCGUAUUUAUUAUCGUAUCGUUCCUUCCAAACAAAUCCCUCGAGUUGCCUGAAAGCAACACACGUCACAUGACACAUGCGUGGAUCAUAUGUGAAAAUAAUAAUAAUGUGAACCUUUCUUUUGUUUUUUUUUUGGUUUGGUUUGGUUUUUUUCUUUGCAGGCAGAAUAACUGAAAUAUCAAAGCACUUUGAUAGAUGUAGGUGCUGGACUGUGUAUAGAGGAAUAGGAGAAAGUUGUAGUGUUGUUGUGUCUCAGUAGCUCAUUGUAAGAGUGCGCCGUCAUAUGAGGAGAUGAGCUGCUGUUUAGUGGAUUUUAGUGGAACUUGGGUUAUCGGUGUUGUGCUGCUGGCUUUGAUAGUCAAACACUCAGCUCUCCAGGCUGCCCCGAUGAUAUUCUUGUCGACAUUCUCCGGGAUUUACAUUCUGGCCAAACUGCAAGGUCACAUUUACUGACUGGAAUCGUAUAUUUUUUAUCUUCUGCUCAAAAGGCUCAAUGAACUUUGAGCCACCUUUCUUUAAUAUAGUUUACACUAGGAUAGACGUAACAACAAGAUGGGUUAACAAAAUGUACGUUAUUAGCAGAAGAUAGUAGCUUUCAAACUUUAUUUACACGCAUAAAAACUGUAAAUACUAAGUUUUCCAUGUGCUGCCAAACUGACAGACAUGUUCAAAAAGUUGUGCACCAACACUUGGACUCAGUUUGGUUUGUUUGUAAUGGAAAAAUAAAAAAAAAUGUUGUUUUUUGUUAAUCUAAUGUAUUAGCACAACAUGACUGGUUUAAGGGUACAGUCAAUAUGCAUUUAAUAUGACUGCCUUACAUUUAAUGUUUGGCAAUAGUUGCACUUAAAGAAAAACUGUUUAUCUAAAAUCUUUUAUAAACAGAGUACUGCAAUCACUUUUAAUUAACAUGUUGCUAUAAUGUUUAAAAGUGCAAAAUGUAAGAAAUACAUUGUUAUUAGCUUACAAGCUAAUACAACUUAGCCUGGUUACUAAGUCUCUACCAAAUUCAAACAUUUUCUUCCUUAUUUACAUUAACUUUGUUUUGACUGAUAUCGUAAGAAAUUGUUCAAUAAAUGACUUGGUCAAAUCAAGGGAAAUUGGGAAUAUAAAAUCAAUAUUUUUCAAAAGCAGGAGUGUUUUUGUCAUUUUAUCUUUUAUUAAAUAAAUAAUCUCUACAUAUUUAUUGCACCAGACCACUAAAAAUCUAAUUCUAUAUAAUACUUAUUUGUAAUGUAUAGCUUUCAAACUGAUGUUAUUAUUGCCAAAAUCUACAGUUGAGGUGAUCAGGAAUGGUCCAUUAAAUCUACCAAGAUUAUAAAGAUUUAAUAGAAUUGCAUUACUUAUUAUUCAGUACAGCAUCACUUAGUGAAAGAUGAUAUGGGAAGAAGUUAAUGUUGCUUUGCAGCUUGGACAAAAGGUAAUAACCGGAUUCACUCUAAUAUCAACUCACAAUGGUUCCGAGUAGCCUUUUAACAACACCCUUCCACUAGUAUCUCACACUGUCCCUUGUACAUAAUCAACACUGUGUUUUUAUCACCCCAGAAGUAUUUAAUUAAAGUUAAAAACAACAGAAAAAUGAAAAAAAAAAAUCUUACGUUUUAACGGGAUGUUGUGGAUGUUGCCAGUUGAACAUACCUGUUCAUGUAAACCUGCAACAGCUUAGCUCAAUAAAAGUGUUAUUGUACGGGUGAAAGCAUAAGUAAGGAAACAUACUUUUUUUCCUUUUUCAGAGUCUGCCUUUUUUCUCCAAGAAAAGGGCUGAUGAAGUUUCAAGAAUGUUUUUUAAAAUGUGUUCAACACAUCUGAAUAUAUGUGUGAGGUUGUCUCUGUUCUGUUUUCAGAAGAUCGAUUAAACACGACGACACUAAUUACUGGUUUCAGGAAGUAGUGACGUAAUCGGUGUGAAAUGCACCGACGCGUACUGGCCUGAUCUGUCUGAUGUCUACCACAACAGAGUGAGAGUAAUGAAAACCAAACUUUGUGUUUUGGCAUGUAGUAUGGACUCAUGUCCUGUAUUAGACCUCCCCUGAACUAACACAGUGACAUAACUACCAACACAGGACUAAGUUAGGGCAAGUCUUGGACCAAAUUGUUUCAUCACCGUCAACAGAAUUAUGAAAAAAUCUAAACCUAAAGUCCACGUUAAAAAAAAAUUAGAGGUGAAAUUGACAUGUAGCAUAACUGAAUACGUAGUGUGUUGGUAGAUAUGUACCUGGAGCCCCAACCUGUCUCAGUCCUACAGAGGUUUGUCAACACUCCAGUACUGAAAAAGAAGCUGAUUGUUUUAUCUUUUAUUCCACUCACAGCAACCACUGGCUGGCUGCUCAGUAAAACCAAAAAUCUGAUUAAACAUCAAAAGCAGAGCUUUCACUUCACACUAAAAGCUGUGCUUCGGUCCCCUGCUCAUCCUUAAAAACCAACCACAGACUUCAUAUUUUUCAACAGCAGACAAAGGAGCCUUCCUUUCAGUACUGCUGAGUGGACACUCUGUAGCGUGUGCUGUAUUAUUGUUUAGAGCACAACACCGUUGCAAGAGCAUGCAGGAGACAACAAACCAGCAGUUGGUUGUUAGAAGCAUCCGUCCCAUUAGAUAGCUCUCAUCUCCCCCUUCAAUUCUGAAUAUUUGGUAUGAAAGAGAUGUUCAUUGUGUUUAAUUGUUAACUAGUGAUGUGAAUAUUAAUCAUAAAAUAAAAAAGAUGGGCAAGAAAA